UCCGGCCUCCUUCAGCUGUUUAUCUACUUUAAAUCUGUCUCUGUUUGAAACUCUCUGUCUCCAUGUUUUGAACCCCCUCCUCCAUGUUCUGAGCCGUCUCCGUGCCUCCACUCCGCCCCGCUUCGCUCGGAGCUCCGCGCUCCGCUCAGCGGCUCUCCCGUCCCUCGCAGGCCGGCGGGGACGCACCGAGCGGCGGGGAGCGGCGGGGAGCGGGUCGGCGGCAUGUCGCGGAGAUCCGGAGCCGCCUGGAUGUGACUGGAAGAGACGAGGAUGGAGGGGGAGAAAGAGACGGCGGAGGAAGAGGAGGAGGAGCUUCCUCAUCACCAUGCAGCUGCGUCCUCUGUGGACUUCCAGGACCUUCCCAUCAUGCACUGGGAGGAGCUGAGCGAGCGGAUAGCUGAGCUGGAGAAACAGGAGCAGGAGAGGAGGGAGCGGGACAAGCGGGUACCGGGGCUGAGUCGAGGGGGAAUCUGGAGCGACGUCUGGGACCAGCAGGAGGAGGAGGAGGACUUCAGGAGGUGUCGAGUUUCUGUCGUCACCUCACGCCUCCAGAGGAACCUGCAGCUCUGCUUCAUUAACAACAGUGAGAGUGAUGAAGAGGAGCAGGCAGCGGAUCAGAAGGUUACCGCGGCAACAGCACACAACGGCCUGAAACAGGAAGUGGUUUCAACGCUGAGAGCGCUGCGAGACCAGCUGCUGUCUGAACAGCGGGAGGAGCAAGGUCCCUGCAGCAGCUGUGCUUCUGGGUGGAAACAUCUGGAUGUGGGGGACCUGCGGCAGCGUUCGGUUCUUCAGCUCAGCAGUUUGAGAGCAACACUUCAACACAACGUUCACGCUCUGAGCUCGGAGCUGGUGACACACCUGCUGAUCCGGGACCAGCUGAGGACGAAGCAGGACGCCAUGCUGCUGGACGUCCAGGACCUGACCUAAGCCAUGGGGGGAGCGGGAGCUGGGAGAGACCACCGGAACCGGGACUACCGGGAACUGUGCACAAACGGGACGCUUUGAAGGAACUAAGCCAAGACUUUGGGAUUCCUUCACGUUAGCAGUAACAAUUCAACUUCUGCUCAGGGCAUGCUAACGCUAGCUACUUCUCAUAACAGAUUAAAUUAAAUACAGGAAAUAGUCUGUGUACGCCCAUGUUAAUGCUACACAGACAGGCGGCAGCACCUACUAGUGGCUCAACAUGAAAACUAGAUUGUUUUCAACAUUUCUUAUGUUUCCAUGUGAACGAAAACCGUUUUCAAAAUGAUAACAUCUGUGCUUGAAACAUGUGAAUGGGAGAUGAGAGUUAAAAUCCCAGAAGCUAUAAAGCUACCCGUAUACCCCCAUGCUGUGUUCGGGUCACGUAGGACAUUUGAAACCUGUGAGCAUGAGAUAUUUGGACUUGGUCAGAGGUUAGAAAGACAACUCGGUUUGGUUUUUGACAUUUAAACACAUUUUAUAUUUCAGUCUGAAAUCAGAUGCAAAAAUGUUUUUAUUUUGAUAAUCAUUUACAGGAAGAGCGUGUCUUCCUGUUUGAAGCCUCCCACUGGAUCAAUCUUCCUGUUUGGUUUUCCAAUCAGAUGUGCUAACAUGAGGAAAGCUGUGAUUUCAGAUUUAUUACACAUCAACUGAUUCUUUUGUUUUAGACUUCUAAAUUUUAAAAUAAAAAUCAAAACAGAGAAUCUCUAUAUUUCGCCAUGGCGUUAAAGGUGCUGUAGGCAGGAUUCGGGAUCUCCGCCAUCUUGGUUAGGGUUACCUAAGCAAGAUGGCGAUUUGACCCAUCUAAGAUGGCGAUUUGAAACUCAGCACAGCCAAUCCUGUCCU